AUGGUUGGAGACCACCGCCGACACCAUAUUCCUGGUGCCGUGCACUUCCAUGUCCACUGCCAAAUUGAACGCGACGAUCACUUCGAGUCGGGCUUUUUCUCCAGACUGGUUGCACUGAACCUGGUUCGCCAAAGCGAGAGCCUCUUCUGGAUGCCUGACAUCCAGCCCGGUCCGCCCGCUGCUAAUGACGAGCACUUUACCCUCUCAAACGACCCGUCGCUACCUGCGAAGAAGGCUCGACCCCCAUGGAAGAACGGAUUUGUCACAACCUGUGGCCCGUGGUCGGAGCUGCGCGGCAUCAAGAUCCUCACGCCCAGCGCCUACCUUUACUCUAUUAUGUGGUGCCUGCUCCGCGAUAUGGGUCCCGACGCGGAAGAAGACAGACCUUUGAGGGACCGCUGGUCCGAGCUAGGCCGCCAUCUGUGGGGGCGUUCUAAUCUCGUGCAUGGUCGGUUUAGAGAUUCAUGGAGGGAGAUCAGCGCUAAUGCCGGGGUUGAAUACCGGCCUGUCACGCUUGCGCUGCGUCAAGAGCUGCUUGCCAGUGGGAGGCUUGUCAACCCAAAACUAUGA